AUGGUAUUAACCCAACAGGAAAGAUCACUCGCUUCCUCCGACGACAGCUUUCCCACCGCACAACUUUUCCUCCUAGCAAUAUGCCGUGUCGCGGAGCCCAUAGCCUUGACCUCCAUCUUCCCCUACUCAUGGGUGAUGGUCAAGGACUUCCACAUGGAUAGCGGCAACGACGCGUCCUUGUACGCUGGCAUUUUGAUCUCGGCAUUCUCCCUCGCUGAGGCUCUCACGGGCAUGUUUUGGGGUGGUUUGUCGGACCGUCUUGGCCGUAAGCCUAUUCUUCUGUCCGGCUGCGUUGGUACUAUGCUCUCCCUCCUCCUAGUGGGCUUUGCGACGAAUUUCUGGGUUGCCCUGGCAGGUCGCGCGCUGGGUGGUGCUCUGAAUGGGAACAUUGGAGUUAUCCAGACCAUGGUUGGCGAGUUGGUGAAACGCCCUGAGCAUGAGCCCCGAGCCUAUGCGGUCAUGCCUUUUGUCUGGUCGAUUGGGACCAUCAUCGGACCAGCCAUUGGAGGUCUACUGGCAAAACCCUCUGAAAGUUUUCCCUCCCUUUUUCCUGCCGAUGGAUUGUUUGGCAAAUUUCCUUACCUCCUGCCAAACCUUGUGUGCUCUGUUUUGCUUUUGCUGAGCAUUAUCGCCGGUUGGUUCUUCCUGCAGGAGACUCACCCAGACAUGCAACCUGUUCGUCUCAGUGCACAUGUCGACCACCCAUCGGUCGAGCAGCCCCUUCUGGCAACCUCUGGUUCAACCGCUCAUGCCGAACUUGACCUUCGAGCUGAGUCUUAUGGCACCUUUAACCAGGUUGACAUCCACCAAGAGGGAAAUUGGGAUGUGAGAAGUGAUAGCUCCUCACCCACUGGCAAACCCGACAAGCCCAAAGUUUUCACAUGGAAAAUCGUCAUGCUCGUGCUGGCAUUGGCCAUUUUCUCUUAUCAUUCCAUGACCUAUGACCAUCUCCUUCCAAUCUUCUUGCAGGACAAGAAGAUCUCCCUCUCUGGUGGUCUUCACGGCUCUUUCCUCGACAUCCCCGGUGGCGUGGGCCUUUCAACUCAAACGGUCGGCCUGAUCAUGUCUGCCAACGGUGUCAUUGCGCUUUUCAUCCAGGGUGUGGUCUUCCCCGCCAUGGCCCAUUACCUGGGAAUCUGGCGGCUUUUCAUUCUCGUGACAGUGCUCCAUCCAAUCGCAUACUUCAUGGUCCCGUUCCUGGUAUUCCUACCGCGCCACCUCCUCCUGGUUGGCAUCUACACCUGCCUAGUCGUCCGCAACAUUCUCUCGAUCAUCGACUACCCAGUCCUUCUGAUCCUCAUUAGGCAGGCCACCCCCGCCGAGUCCGUCAUGGGCCGGAUUAACGGCCUCGCUGCCUCGGCCGGUGCCGCCUCGCGUACCAUUGCACCUCCUAUCGCGGGAUGGUUGUAUAGCUCUGGUGCGGAGAUUGGUUGUACUGCUAUCGCUUGGUGGGCAAGUGCUCUUGUUGCCUUUGCCGGUGUGCUCCAGCUCUGGUUCAUUCAGCGCAAUAAGGGCGUCUCUGCCACGGUGACCCCGGUGGUAUCCAGCCAAUAUGCUCCUAUUCCUGAUGAGCCGUCGAAAGAAGUCAUUGAUAUUGUCGUUAGUGAGGUUGAUGAUAAUGGUGCUGAAACGACUGCUGAACCGCCUGUGUCUGCGUGCCAUUAA